UUUACCAAAUCCCUAGCCUCAGCACUAAAGUUGUCACUCACUUUCUGUGUCUUCGCCAUCUGCUCUCUCUUUCUCUCUCUCUCUAGAAGAACUUCUUUCCUCUUGAAGACUUCAAAAUCUCAAUUGCAGAGGAGCCAUUUCUAGGGUUUAUCUGUGUCUAUUGCAAGAAAUUGAAGGAACCUCGCUUCCUCAGGCUUUAAUGGUGGUCUUAAGGUUGAUAUUUCUAUGCUUCCGUUUGCAGAAUCCUGACCUUCAACUCUAAUGACUUUCUCCACCAGUGAAUGGCUCGAUUUCACUCUUUCACUCCAUAUCAUUUCGCCAUUAUUAUAACCACACUAAUUUUAAACAAUAACCUUGUUCUAUCUCACAGUAGAGAGGAUUAUUUAUCUAUAAUCGAUUCCGAUUCCUAUCUCUUUCACCAGGAUUACUCCCCUCCAUCUCCACCGCCUCCUCCGCCGCACCCGCCGUCUGUUUCUUGUGCAGACGAUCUCGGCGGCAUAGGCUCGUUGGAUACCACCUGUCAGAUAGUAUCUAAUGUGAACCUCACCCGUGACGUGUAUAUAGAAGGGAAGGGCAAUUUUUAUAUCCAUCCCGGGGUGAGUUUCAAUUGUCCCUCUGCUGGUUGUUCCAUAAACAUUAACAUCACUGGUAAUUUCACUUUGUCAAGCAAUGCCUCAAUUGUGACGGGGAGCUUUGAGCUUUUGGCUCAUAAUUCGAACUUUCUAGAUGGAACUUCAGUAAACACGACGGGAUUGGCCGGGAAACCGCCACCGCAGACGAGUGGAACCCCUCAGGGGAUAGAUGGGGCGGGAGGGGGGCAUGGAGGGAGGGGAGCUUGUUGCUUAGUGGGCGAUAAGAAGCUGCCGGAGGAUGUUUGGGGAGGGGACGCGUACUCGUGGUCUUCUUUGCAGAAACCGACAAGUUAUGGAAGCAGAGGAGCGAGUACGAGUAAGGAGGUGAAUUAUGGCGGGGGAGGGGGCGGGAAAGUGAAAUUGAAAGUACGUGACUAUGUGGUAGUGGAUGGCUACAUAUUGGCUGAUGGAGGUGACGGCGGUACCAAGGGAGGCGGUGGCUCUGGUGGCAGCAUCUGGAUGAAGGCCUAUAAAAUGACUGGAAGUGGCAGAAUAAGUGCUUGUGGAGGCAGCGGUUUUGCUGGUGGUGGUGGUGGAAGAGUUUCAGUUGACAUUUUCAGCAGGCAUGAUGAACCUCAAAUUUUUGUGCAUGGAGGAAAUAGUCGUGGCUGUCCACAAAAUGCAGGUGCUGCUGGUACUUUAUAUGAUGCUGUUCCCAAGAGCCUUACUAUUAACAAUCACAAUAUGUCAACAGAUACUGAGACACUUCUUUUAGACUUCCCUUAUCAGCCUCUUUGGACGAAUGUUUACCUUCGAAAUCAUGCUAGGGCGACCGUACCUUUGCUUUGGAGUCGAGUCCAGGUCCAAGGACAGAUAAGUCUAUUGUGUGGCGGAGUGCUGAGCUUUGGGCUAGCUCAUUAUGCUUCAUCUGAGUUUGAAUUAUUUGCAGAAGAACUCUUAAUGAGCGACUCUGUAAUCAAGGUAUAUGGGGCUUUGCGAAUGACUGUAAAAAUUUUCUUAAUGUGGAAUUCCAAUAUGAUCGUAGAUGGUGGUGAAGAUGCAACUGUUGCAACUUCUUGGCUUGAGGCUAGUAAUUUAAUUGUUCUCAGGGAAUCAUCUGUAAUACAAUCUAAUGCAAAUCUGGGAGUUCAUGGACAGGGUUUAUUGAAUUUGUCUGGACCAGGCGAUUCAAUUGAAGCUCAACGUCUGGUUUUAUCACUAUUUUACAGUAUUCAUGUUGGUCCUGGAUCUGUUUUACGUGGUCCUCUGAAGAAUGCAUCAAGUGACGCAGUGACACCAAGGCUGUAUUGUGAACGUGAAGAUUGUCCUAUUGAACUAAUUCAUCCUCCUGAAGAUUGCAAUGUGAACUCAUCUUUGUCUUUUACUCUUCAGAUAUGUCGGGUGGAGGAUAUCACUGUUGAAGGACUCAUAAAGGGAGCUGUUGUCCAUUUCCAUCGCGCAAGAACUGUAUCUGUCCCAUCUUCUGGAACAAUUAGUGCAUCUGGGAUGGGCUGCACAGGUGGAGUGGGUAGAGGUCAGGUUUUAGAAAAUGGUGUUGGCAGUGGUGGCGGCCAUGGUGGUAAAGGUGGGCUUGGAUGUUACAACGGUAGUUGUGUUGAGGGUGGUAUUUCAUAUGGGAAUGCGGAGUUACCUUGUGAACUUGGUAGUGGCAGUGGAGGUGAAAACCCAUCCAGUUCAACUGCAGGCGGUGGUGUGAUAGUAAUGGGUUCAUUGGAGCAUCCCUUGUCAAGUUUGACUGUUGAAGGCUCAGUCAGAUCUGAUGGAGAAAGUUCCAAAGGAAUUAUCAAACAGGGAGAGUUCAAUGUUAGAAAUGAUAUCACCAGAGGGCCUGCGGGUGGUUCUGGAGGAAGUAUACUGUUGUUUCUGCAUACACUAGAUCUUAGUGAGUCUGCUGUCCUUUCAAGUGGUGGGGGCUAUGGUAGUCCAAAUGGGGCUGGUGGAGGAGGUGGUGGAAGGAUUCACUUUCAUUGGUCAGACAUUCCUACUGGAGAUGUGUACCAGCCCAUUGCUAGUGUAAAAGGAAUCAUCAACACUGGAGGAGGGAUGGGUAGAGGUGAAGGUCAUGCUGGAGAAAAUGGAACAGUUACUGGGAAAGCUUGCCCAAAAGGGCUGUAUGGAGUAUUUUGCAAGGAAUGUCCAGCUGGCACUUACAAAAAUGUUACUGGGUCUGAUAGAGCUCUUUGCCGUCCCUGUCCUCUCAAUGACCUUCCCCAUCGUGCUAUUUAUAUUCCUGUCCGAGGUGGUAUUGCUGAAACACCUUGUCCCUACAAAUGCAUCUCAGACAGAUUUCAUAUGCCACAUUGUUAUACAGCCCUGGAAGAGUUGAUUUACACUUUUGGCGGUCCAUGGUUAUUUUGUCUUCUUCUCGUGGGUCUUCUAAUCCUCUUAGCCCUGGUACUUAGUGUUGCACGGAUGAAGUUUGUUGGUGUUGAUGAACUACCAGGCCCAACACCCACUCAACAUGGCUCUCAAAUUGAUCACUCAUUCCCUUUCUUGGAGUCAUUGAAUGAGGUUUUGGAAACAAAUAGAGCUGAGGAGUCUCAGAGCCACGUUCACAGGAUGUAUUUUAUGGGCCCUAAUACUUUUAGUGAACCUUGGCAUCUUCCACAUACUCCUCCCCAGGAAAUAAAUGAAAUUGUAUAUGAGAGUGCAUACAAUACAUUUGUGGAUGAGAUUAAUUCUAUAACUGCUUAUCAAUGGUGGGAAGGUGCAAUAUACAGUAUUCUUUCUGUUCUGUUGUAUCCCCUUGCAUGGUCAUGGCAACAAUGGCGCCGGAGAAUCAAAUUGCAAAGAUUGCGUGAGUUUGUUCGAUCAGAGUAUGAUCAUGCUUGUUUACGUUCUUGUCGUUCACGAGCUCUUUAUGAAGGGCUUAAGGUAGCUGCAACUCCUGACUUGAUGCUUGGAUAUUUGGACUUCUUCCUUGGCGGAGAUGAGAAGAGAACAAAUCUUCCUCCUCGCUUGCAUCAACGAUUUCCAAUGUCUAUAAUUUUUGGAGGUGAUGGAAGUUACAUGGCUCCUUUCUCAAUUCAAAGUGAUAAUAUUCUUACUAGCCUUAUGAGCCAGAUGGUCCCUCCUACCACUUGGUACCGAAUGGUGGCUGGUUUGAAUGCACAACUGCGCCUAGUUCGUCGUGGGCGGCUAAGAGUAACGUUUCAAUCUGUCAUUAGAUGGCUUGAAACUCAUGCUAAUCCUGCUUUGAGAAUCCAUGGAAUACAUGUUGAUCUUGCAUGGUUUCAGGCUACAGCUUGUGGUUAUUGCCAGUAUGGACUCUUGGUUCAUGCUGCAGAAGGAGAAGCUGUGGAACGCAUUGAUGGCAGUAAGCAAACUGAACAAGAGUCACGUAUGAAGGGUGCCCAGAGAGGAAAUCCAUCUGGUCAUUUAAGAGUAGAUACACUAUCAAGCGAAGGCCCCAGAAACAGUGGAAGUAUUAUGAGGCGGAAAAAGAGUUAUGGGGGGAGUAUGGAUUCUAACACUUUACAAAUGCUUGUAGAGAAGAGAGAUAUAUUUUGUCUUCUCUCUUUCAUACUUCAUAAUACUAAACCUGUUGGCCACCAGGAUCUUGUUGGUUUGGUCAUCUCAAUGCUACUUCUAGGAGAUUUUAGUUUAGUACUGCUUACUUUGCUCCAGUUGUAUUCAAUUUCAUUGGUAGACGUCUUUCUUGUUUUGUUUAUUUUACCCCUUGGUAUUCUUCUGCCAUUUCCUGCUGGAAUCAAUGCUUUAUUCAGUCAUGGGCCGAGGCGUUCUGCUGGUCUUGCACGUAUCUAUGCUUUGUGGAAUAUUACGUCCAUGAUUAAUGUUGUCGUUGCUUUUCUUUGUGGAUUUGUUCACUAUCGCAACCAAUCGUCGUCAAGUAAAAAGUUUCCGUUUCAGCCGUGGAAUAUCAGCAUGGAUGAAAGCGAAUGGUGGAUAUUUCCAGUUGGACUGGUGGUUUGUAAAAUUUUACAAUCGCAACUCAUUAAUUGGCAUGUUGCAAAUUUGGAGAUUCAAGACCGAUCACUGUACAGUAACGAUUUUGAGCUCUUCUGGCAGUCAUGAUUUUAUAUAUGUCAAAAAACAUUCUACACUUAGGAGUUGCCUUUUUGUUCUUGUUUUGUAUCCUUAGAAUUCUAAGAGUUUUAGGAAAGUGGUCGACACACUAGAAAUAGGAAAUAGGGUUAAAAAAUAUAUAUGAUGUAUAAAUAGCGAGGGCAUUCAUUAAAGUGUAGUCAGGAUUUUUUUUCCCUGUAUUCCUUUUUAACUUAUAAUACCGAUAUUGUAAAUAUCAAGGGAUAAUAAUCCCAUCCACAGUUCCACAUGGAGAUGGUAAUUUGAGUAUCGGUUCGUAUUGUGUAAAAUCGCUGGGCAAAUUUAAAAUUCA